AGUAACGGGCGCCUUCCCGGGCGCUGGCAUUACCGCGAGGCAUUUACUCUCGCCUCCCGAUCACUUCUCACAAUGUCCCUUCAGUUCCAAAUUAUAUUUCACCCGAUUAUGUCCGGACUAUAAGACUCAAACAUUCCUACACUAUAAUACUGAAGACUAAUGGAGAAUGAUGUAAUAAGAUUGAUUAUGUAACUGAAUAUGUGAUUGAAUCUAAUAUCUAUUUGGUGUCAUUGUAAUAACUAAGUAAUCCGUUGUUUAUUAUGUGGGACAGAUUGUGCCUUGCCGAGGCACCCGGGCAACUUUCUUCCCACACCAGCCCACUGUCCAUCCCUGAACUGUCCCCUUCAGGCUCAGAGGUCCCGUCUGCCCCCAGCACUGGGUCCGGGCCUGUGCCGGGGGUGGUCGCUGCUGUCUCCAUCCUCACGGUUGCUGUGGUCAUGCUCGCCUGCUACAUGUGCCGCCGUUCCCGGCAACGCCAGGAGGUGAAGUUCCUCCCAGAGCUCCAGAUGAAGUUCUGAGCCCCCGGAGCGGGAACCCAGCAGGGUCUGCGUAGAGCCCCCCGCCUGUGGCUCCCAGCCCCCAAGCCCACCCCGAGGCCGCCAGCACCGGUGAUGGAACCCUCAGCCCUUGGAGCACUGGGGCUGCUCCCCCAACCGUUGUUUCCAGAUGCCACAGACCCUAACCACCUGCCUGGCACAGAGGGCACAGGAGAGCCGGCCCUGAGUGCUGACCUUGGGUGGUGGGGCCUGGGUCUCUUGUCCCACCGGAGGGCAGGGACACCGGCUUGCUUGGGAGGUCCUGGGAGAGCAGGCGGCAGGCUGGACCUCUGUGCCACCCACUCCGGGGUGGGUGCAGACCCCUCCCCUCCACCCCCCAGGUCUUCCGAGCUCUGCUUCCUCAGUUUCCAAAAUGGGACCACCUCAGCACUGCAGUGCCCGACCUACCAGGACCCAUGCCCCUCCCUCCGCCCUCCUCAAACCCACAGACCCAGGUUGCCUUCUGCCGCCCUGGGCUGAGUCUAGCCCUGAGUUCGGGGUCUUCUCUCUCCACUCCCUGAGCAGCCCCCAAGCGAGGGGGCCGCUGCUGGAACCGCGCAGAUACUCCAGUUCAGGGCUUUGGGGGGCUUUGACCAUGUACCUGUCCCUUGCCUAUGAGAAUAGCAGGUUUGGGGGGCCCUCCCUCAGGAGCCCCAGGGGCCAAGGUCGGGUGGGGUGUCAGAGGCUGGGAUGGUGCCUGGCCCCACCACCAGGGGGCAGCGCAGGCCGGGCCGGGAGGAGGCGGUGGCGGCUUGGGCUCGGGCUGGGGCUGGUGAGUCCGGCGCUGCCCCCCCGGGCCUGGACGUGCGUCCCUCAGUCCCUCGGCCGCCUGGGGGCGCCCCCUCCCGGCCACCCCACCUGCCGGGCUGCCUUGGACCCAGAUCUGGGGUGCUUUUUGCCACUGCGGUGGAGCCCUUUGAUGUCUUCUUGAGGAGUCUGGGGUGAAAAAGCAACUCCCGGAAUCCCCCUUCGCUUUUCUGAAAAAGUUCUGUGACCCGAGUCUUUGAAAUAAAGAAAACGGGACUCACAAACA